CUGGCUGCAGCUGCUGGUGUCCUCGCCUUGGGUCGGGCGAGCGAGAAGCGCGACGAAAGGAUGCGUUGAGCGCCUUGAUACCAAUGCCCUCGAUCAGAAAAAGGGUGGUCAGCUUCAUCCGGCAGCUGUCCCACCCGCACUCGUCGACGCCGAAGCCCCUGCCGCCGCCUCCCGACUGCUUCAUCCAGCGCUAUCUCUACGGAGAUGAGCACAGGCGCGAGCAGCCGACGAUCGAGCACUCGUGUGGCAGCGCGUGCCAGGAGCUGCCGGUGCGCCACCUGGGGCACCUGAGCCCGGUCGUGUUCGCCGCCUGCACCGGCCCUGAUGGCGGCCUCACCACCGUCAACUGCGCCGCAGCCCAGAAGAACGUCAGCACCAGCGACCCUGACGUGGAGUACAUCGACGACUCGCGACGCAGCUCCAGCAGCUCUCUGCGCACCAACAAGCUGUCCAGCUUGUCCAGGUCGGUGGACAACUCGAUGAUGAACAUCCGCGCGAUGGGCAUGACGUACUGCAUCAAUGAGGCUGACCAGGGCAAGAAAAGCGUGCACACGUCCAUAUCAGACCUGAACGAGUACAUUCACGACAUGGAGAGUAGCUACCCCAUCAUUCCCCCGCCCGAAGAAUACGUUGACACCCCGGAAGAAGCGCCACCUUACUUGAGAUACACCUGCAGCGCUCCUGCCUCGCCCUUCCACCAGUCUCCUGAACCCAUGUCCUUCCAAACGAUGGCCCUGCGGAACGUGGAGGUGGCCGGCGUGAAAGACUGGUUUCGGCCGCACCCGCGGGCCUACGGGGCGGCGACCAGUCUGUACGAGCGACACCCCGUGACCAGACAGCACGCCGGCGACCCGAUCGCCGACUCGUUCGGGGUGGUCGCCCGCGAGAACAGUGCCAUCCUCGUGCUGGCCGACGGCGUCAACUGGGGCGAGAAGGCCAAGUUGGCGUCGCGCUCGGCCGUCCACGGCUGCAUCGAGUACCUCAACAAGGUGCUUUACAUCGACAGCUUCCGCUCGCCAGCCCGCGCCCGCCCAAAAAACACCUCGGACGUGUUUCUUGCACUGUUGAGGUCCUUCCACAUGGCGCACAGCAUGAUCCUGCAAGAGGGUGGCAUGCUGACUACCCUUACCGCGGCAGUGGUGCUGCCCCUCCAGGAAGACGACCAGUACGUAGUGUGCGUGUGCAACGUCGGCGACUCCCUCGCUUACGUCUACAGUCCAAGACAUGGUGUUCGGGAAAUUACCCAAGGUUCGCAUGACAUCAACUCGAUGCGAGACAUGCGCGACGCGUUAGGUGCGCUGGGCCCCGUGGACGGGCUCAACCCUGAGCUGAGCAAUUUGACCUGCUCAAUGACCGAGGUGCAGAGCGGCGACAUCGUCUUCAUCACCAGCGACGGCGUUUCGGACAACUUCGACCCCGUGGUGGGCAAGUUCGCCAUCCCGAAACGCACGUCGAUGAGUUCACCGCCGCUGAGUCGACGGAACCCGAAGGAGCAUCCAGGUCUUCCGGGCUCGGCUUCCGCCGGAAACAUUCUCGACGGCAUCCGCAGGCCGCCGCCGUUCGUCGAGGCCCACCAGCGUCACGAGCUCACCCUCAUGCGCAUGGAGGACCUGCUCAUUCACGGACUCACGGACAAUGAACCUCCGUGCAGGAAUGCCCAGCAGCUGUGCGUGCAGCUGAUCGACUUCGCGUCGAAACUGACGGUGGCCAAGCGCAGAAUCCUCGAGGACCCGGAUCUGUACGUGAACGAGUCGUCCGAGCACGACAAGCUCGAGCUGAAGCGCAACGAGCAGCGGUGCCGUCGUCGCAAGGUGUUCGAGAGACUGGCCAUGGUGCCUGGCAAACUGGACCACGCAUCGGUGGUCGCCUACACUGUCGGUGAUUACCAGUUGUGUUGAGGUUGCGAGAAAAAAAAGAAAGAAAUAGAAGCAACGAGUGUGAUUCGACUCCGCGAGUGCCAACUCGCGACUCCUGUUCUUGUUCUCGACAAGCUUCAGAGUUUAUUAUUGAAUUAUGAAUUAUUACGCUGUUAUUCUUACGAGGAAAGUUUAAUUAAUCGCAUUAAUCUACUUGGGAAGUUAUAUAUUUUGAAUGCAAAUCUAUCGCUUUUAGAGUUCUUUUGACUUUCACCGACGCAGAGCUUCGAAUCAAAUUGUUGAUCAAAAAGCCCUCUUUUUAGAAACAUUUUUGUCUGGCAGCUCGUGUAAAUAGUUGUUGAGCAAUUAUUUUCUCAAUUGUGGCACUUGGUGCGAUUUUUACAUUUGUUUUGUAUUUUUCCUGCUGGAUAGGGAACGUUAAAAAAGAUACCUUUUGAGCCAUAUUUGCACAAUUUUAGACUAUUGCUUUUUCACACAUUUCCACGCUUGGUCGGCAGCAAAAAACUCUUAUUCCACUAGCAAUACAUUUUAACUAACAGAAUCUCCUCAGAUACAAAAAAUUUGCUGCUGCCGUAACUCUGCCAUCCUUUGUUGAUCUCAUGUACAAUAUUAUAAUUAUAUUUUCACUUUAAAAACAGAUUUGAAAAGGUUGCAUGUACAAAAUAGUCUGUGACUCGAAACAAUGAAUAUUAUACCUACGAUGAAUGGACAAAAUAAAACAGACUUGAUUAUCAAAAAUUCA